CAAUGGCGGACAGAGAUGAACGUAAAAUAGUGCGAUUGGAUAAGGAGAGAACGCAUAACGUGCAUUCAACUGACUUCCCAGGUAACUACCCAGGAGAGAAUUUAGAGUGGAAUUUAGAGGCUUUCAAGAAGAACUUAACUACCCACGUUAAUGCCGUCGCAGAAGACGAAAUUGAAUUCGAUUUAAUAGGCGUUGAUCCUAGCAUAGCAAAUGCAUUGAGGAGAGUUAUGAUAGCUGAAGUACCAACCGUCGCAGUAGAGAACGUCUUCGUUUUCAACAAUACAUCCGUUAUGCACGACGAAGUUAUGGCACACAGACUUGGUUUAGUACCUAUUUUAUUCGAUGCUGAGAGACUCGAGGAAUUCCAAAAAGGUGACAGUCCAAACGAUCAGAAUACAAUCGUUUUCACCCUUCAAGUCGCUUGCACCCGUAAAGCAAAAGUUGCAGCAGGCGAGACAGAUCCUGAUAAAAUAUAUGAAAACCACAAAGUAUAUUCAAAGGAUUUCAAAUGGGUCCCACAAGGUGGUCAAGCUUCUGACCCACUUUUCACCGAUAAUCCACCACGAGUCGCAUAUCCUGAAAUUCUCAUCACUAAACUCAGACCUGGUCAAUCGAUAGAUUUGGAAUUACACUGUGUCAAAGGUCUCGGUCAAGAUCACGCUAAGUUCUCCCCAGCUGCUACCGCCUCAUAUAGAUUAUUGCCUACUGUGAAACUUCACCAACCAAUCAAGAGUGAACAUGCUGAAUUAUUUGCUAGCUGUUUCUCUGAGGGCGUUGUAGAAGUCAGAGAGAACAAAAAGGGUGAAAAGGAAGCUCACUAUGUUAACCCACGUAAGGAUACUGUAUCAAGAGAAGUUUUAAGACAUCCAGAAUUUGACGGUGUCGUCGAACUUGGUAGGAUAAGAGAUCAUUUUAUAUUCAACAUUGAAACAACGGGUGCUGUUAAAUCCGUAGAUAUGUUGCCUAGAUCUUGCAACGUUAUCAAAUCGAAAGUACAGAAAAUUAGAGAAGGCUUAAACACAAUAGUACAUGGCAAGCAAGAAGAAGAAGAAGAGAAUGCAGAUGAGCAAGACGAACAAAUGGAGGAAUAAUUUUGUUGUUUCUUAAUCCCUUUAGAUUUUCUUCACCUUCCUUCUUGUACCAUGAUGACAUUUAUUUAUUACAG